AAAAUACAGAGCUACCUAGCCUAGGGUUCUAGAGAUUCACGGAAGGAAAUGCUGGCCCUUGCUGGAGCUCCGAUCGUGGCGCUUGCGCUCCUCGUCACGCUCGGAUCGUGUGACGCUAGCCAGACCAAGGUAUGCAUCGUAGGUAGCGGCAUUGGAGGCGCAUCGGCAGCUCAUUUCCUCCGCAAGUACUCGGGCCGGCCCCAAAACGAGCUCCACAUCCAUGUCUACGAGAGAAACAGCGUCGUCGGGGGGAGAAUGGCGAUGGUGGAUCUGCUAGGGGAUAGAUUUGAAGCCGGUGCCUCGAUUCUCCAUCCCAAAAACCUCCACACUGUCCAUUUCGUGGGUUUGCUGGGUCUAAAGAAGAAAACCUCGCCCGACAGUGAGACGUUUGGCCUCUGGGAUGGGAAGAAGUUCGUGGUGAGGACUAUGGAUGGUGGGAGCUCGUUCAUCACGAAGAAAAUUGCUGGAUUGAUCAAUGCCUUGGGGAUGCUGUGGCGCUAUGGUAGCGACUUGUUUAGGAUGCGAUCCUUUGUAUCGCAACUUCUGAAGAGAUUCUUGCAUUUCUAUGACGAGGGAAGGACCCCGUACAGCAGUGUUAAGGAUAUGCUGGAGUCUGUCGAACUCUAUGGUUACACGCAGCAUACACUUGUCCGUGAGCUCCUUCGAGAAGGAUUGUCUGUCCAGAUUAUCACAGAGAUUGUCACGAUGAUAACAAGGAUCAACUAUGGACAAAAUGUUUCUAUCAGUGGCCUGGCCGGUGCGGUUUCUCUCUGUGGUUCUGGAGACGAUCUCUGGGCCGUUGAAGGCGGGAACUGGCAGAUGGCUGAUGGUUUGAUCAAGCUCUCGAAUGCCUCUCUCGGUUUAAGUGAUACGGUGUUAUCAGUCGUGAGCAAAGAUGGAGUCUACGAGGUGACGAGCUCGUCUGGGAAAAACAGGACGUGCAACGCCGUGAUUAUUGCCGCCUCCUUAGACGAAGAGAAAAUCGUUUUCAGUCCAUCCGUCGAUCUUCCCAAACGCUCGAUGCAUCACACUUUCGUUACAUUCGUUCGUGGGCUCGUCAGUCGGGAUUACUUUGGUCUCAAGGAUGCAAAACUACCGGACUUAAUCGCUACGUUGGAAGUGCCCGGCAUUCCAUUUAUAUCUAUUUCGGUUCUUAAGAGCUAUAAUGCCACCGACAACGCUUACAAAGUCUUUUCCCGAGCAUCGUUGUCCGAUGAGUUCCUGGACAAACUCUUCAGCGUGCGAAGGAAAACCAUUCGACUCAACUGGGCGGCCUACCCCCAGUACAACGCGCCAGAAACCUUCGCUCCAGUCAUUCUUGAUGGCAAUCAUCUCUACUAUGUCAAUUCGUUUGAAAACGCCGCGAGCACAAUGGAGACGAGCGCUGUUGCCGCAGAGAAUGUCGCACGCCUUCUCCUCACGCGCUUGUCCACUGAUGGCGCCGUGUUCAACUCUGGACUCAACACCAUGGCGAAACGUGGCUCAGAAGAACUGUAGACGCUGAAUUACUGGUGACACACGGCUUUUUAUUGUGUGAAAAGAAUGUGUGGACAUUUUCUCUUGACUAUUUUGUAUGUCGUGUGCAGAACGCUUCGAGUCUAUCCCAACUUUCAUCCAGAAUAGUCUCAGGAGCAGCAAACAAGAGGCGGAUCCAACCAGGAAAACCGAAAGCAGAACCUGGACGCAAGUAAAUCAUUAAGCAUACACGCUAUAUCUUAUUGAAGGCACUGUACCUGGUAAUACCCCGAGUGCUUCCUCCUUCGCGAGAGCCAACGCAAACUCCUUAUCGUCUCUGAGACUCCGGAGAGAAAGCGUUUACCAUGAUAUACAUAGAGCCUCGAGGCUUUGAAGGACAGGACAGUCCCGGGGUCUUCUGAGCUCUCUCGUAGCAAAGAUCGGCUCUUGUGCUGAGUGUAUCCAAAGUCUGACUGAAAAAGUCUUGUGGAGUAUUUUGCAAUAUCUUCGGCAGCGCGGCCUGUUGAGACGUAAAAUGCAUCUGUGCGAGAUUUGUGAAGGCGUCCAGCACCUGGGAAGAUCAUAAUGGAGAUUUCAGCAACCGAAAGGAAAGUUAUAUCGAACGACCUUUGCUUCCUUGAGGACACAGUCGGGAUCACACACCGAAAGCCAGCCAAGCCUCCAGCCAGGGACGAACCAACGCUUGGAAAUCCCCCCGACUGUCAACACAGGAACGUGAGACGCGAAGGCUCCCAUCGGAACGAACUUUGAUCCUUCGAAGGCCAUAUGAGCGUAGAUCUCGUCAGCGAUUAUCGGCACUCGAAGCUUCCCCGCGAGCUUGGCAACCUGGACAGCGGGUGAGAAGGUGAAAAGGUGAAAAGCUCUCUCAAGUCAAUACAGGCAGCGGAAGAACACACGAGAGCGAAACGCGAGGACUUUUUCACACCUGCGUCAGAUGAUGCGGGGUGUAGACAGAUCCGCAGGGGUUCCCGGGAUUGCAGAGGACUAUCGCAGCAGUAUCCGGAUCCACCAGCCUCUCAACGCCUCGAAGAUCAACCUCCCAGUCGCUGUUUGGAAGCAGAUCAUACUCGCGAACUUCAACGCCGAAGAGGUUGCAAAAGGACUGAUACAGCGGGAAUCCAGGCCGUGGGAGCAACAUGUUGGACGGCUUUUCGCUGUUGGCCAGCGCCCCGAUACAAAACUGGAUCGCCUGCGAGCACCCGGCCGUCAUGAAGAUGUCAUCGGCUGACAACGAGUACGGUAGAUCCUUGGAAAGGAACUCGGCCACCGCGCUGGAAGAAAAGCUUACAGAAUCACAAAAAAGUCGUAGAUUCCAGCUGCUUGGCUGUAGCCAUUGUAGUGGAAGCCGGAGAUGGCGUCCGUGAGCGCCUGGACGGCUACCUGGGGAGCUUUGAUCUCGCCGAAAGCGCAGGGGUCGCCGAGAGUGAGCGAGAUUGGCUUCUUUCCUCGCCCCUGGACCGUCGGCAUGGAUUCCAUCGCUCUCCGGAUUGGAUUGAGGCUCCGCAAUGCUGCCGGAUUCGCUCCAAUCGCCCACCGCUUUGGAUCCACAGCCGAUUCAUGCGGACUGUGAGUGGCAAUCUCGCAGCGAAGCGCGAGCAAGCACGGCAUUUUUUCUCUCUCCUCUUCGCUCGAUCUCCUUUAGCAGCGCUACCUUUAAAAAGGGGAAGAUUCCGGGAUAUUCUCACCGUACGAAAACACGUGGGAGAGAAAAAAACAAACGAGAAGUUCUCAAAUCAAAUCAAUAGCGAUGAAGCGAGUGAGAUUUCCUUUUUAUUGAGAGAGAUGGAAAAGGAUGAUCUUCCGGGCA